AGAAAGUCCGAAAGCCCAGAUAGAUUAUCAUCCCUGGCCCUCCACCGUAUUUUUCUGCUUUUGUUGGGUUCGUUCCCUUUAUUUGCUCCGCACAUGAAUUUUGAAUUUCAAAGAUCAUGCUGCUACAUGCCGAGAUCUGAUCUAACCAGCACGCCGCCGGAAACUGUCCUUCUGCCGCUCCCCAUCCAAACGAAACAACUCAUUUAUUCAAAUCUCGAAAUACGUCUGAAGAGAGGGGGAGGGGGGUUCGCGAUUCCUGUUCUCAGCGCUCUAUUAGUUUGAUUGGGUUGCUACAGUGGUUUGCGAUUCAUUCAUCACCGACUGGAUACAGAAGCAAACUAGAAUGGAGAAGUAUGAGAAGCUGGAAAAGGUCGGGGAGGGCACAUACGGAAAAGUCUACAAGGCGAAAGACAAAUCGACGGGGCAACUGGUGGCUCUCAAGAAAACGCGGCUGGAGAUGGACGAAGAAGGCAUUCCUCCAACUGCUCUCCGGGAAGUCUCUUUGCUUCAGAUGCUGUCUCAAUCACUGUACGUCGUCCGACUCCUUUCCGUCGAACACGUCGACGCUGCCGCGAAUUCACGCGGUCAUACGGACGACGACGACGAGGACCUCACCCACCGCCGCCGCCACGAUGCUAAGAAGGGAAACACUACUGCUGAUCCUGAUCGGAAAUCAAACCUCUACCUGGUGUUCGAGUACUUAGACACGGAUCUGAAGAAGUUCAUUGAUUCCCACCGCAAGGGCCCAAACCCUAGGCCACUCCCUCCAACUCUCAUCCAGAGCUUCCUCUUCCAGCUAUGCAAGGGCGUUGCUCACUGCCACAGCCAUGGCGUCCUCCACCGCGAUCUCAAACCUCAGAAUCUCCUCCUCGAUCAGGAUAAGGGCAUCCUUAAGAUCGCGGACCUUGGUCUCGGCCGCGCCUUCACUGUUCCUCUAAAGAGCUACACUCACGAGAUAGUCACUCUCUGGUACAGAGCACCCGAGGUCUUGCUCGGUUCAACUCAUUACUCCACCGCCGUUGACAUGUGGUCCGUCGGCUGCAUCUUUGCUGAAAUGGUCAGACGGCAAGCUCUGUUUCCGGGCGACUCAGAGUUCCAACAGCUGCUUCACAUUUUCAGGCUGUUAGGAACACCAACUGAAAAGGAUUGGCCAGGAGUAACUAGUCUUCGAGAUUGGCAUGUGUACCCGCAAUGGGAGCCACAGAACUUUGCCCGUGCUGUUCCUUCUCUUGGUCCAGAUGGGCUGGACCUUCUAUCGGUGCGUACAAGUUCUUCUAACCAACUAUUCUACACAAGUGCUUUCAACACCAUGUCCAUAUUGAUAUCCUAGUUCAACACCAUAAUAUGCUAAUUGUAGCAAAUGUAGGCAUGCAGCUGGUUUUAGCCAGAGCAGUUCCUAACUGUCUUCCCAAUGUCUUCCUUGACCUGAGCUCCAAAGCUCCUCCAUACAUGCGACUUCUUCUAAUCAUCUAUGGUCGUCGUUUACCUCAUUUUAGGUAGGUGUGCUGCAUUUAUAGCCUGACAACAUUUUGGGGUCUAAUGUUGCCCAAUUUUUUCUCUCUCUGCCGAAGAUGCUUAAAUACAACCCUGCCGAAAGAAUAUCAGCAAAAGCAGCAAUGGAUCAUCCUUAUUUUGAGUUGCUUGACAAAUCGCAAUUCUAACUAAAAGAGAACCUAGAGGACUGGGUUUAUUGUUGUUUCUUCCUGCUCGCGCUAGUUUCUGAUUUUACCAGUUGUAUGUGUUAUGGGGCAUGUGCUUCUUCAUUGCAAAGAACAAGCUGUUCAGAUGGUCGAAUCAUUGUUAACCAUCAUUAUCUAGGGUGAUUGAAGCGAACCAACUAUGUAGUGUUAUGAAUCAGUGACCAGUAUGGCCCUUUCGCCAUGUUCAUUGGCGUCUUGUCCUGCGUUUGUUUAUCAUUUUUCGUUAUUGAAGGGAAACUAAAUGUCCCCCAUUGUUUCUCUCACUUUAAUCACGCACGCUUUAACUCAGC